AUGUCGUUUGUCAUUCGCAGAAGCGUGUCGACUUUGGUCCCUCCCAAGGUUGCAAACCCAGCGGGACUUGGAGCCGCCAAAGAUGCCGUCCGAAUGGCGAGAAUAGUUAAAUUCUACGAGAGACUACCAAAAGGACCAGCACCUGACCGAACAAGAGGCGGACCAUUGGGAUGGUAUCAAGCAAAAUACUUUGGCAAAAACCCAUCUUCGGCUCGUAAGGCUUUACCAGCAUGGUUGUGA